CCCGCGUAGCGCCGGCCCGGGGCGCACCGCCGCCGCGCUCUUCGCCGGACCGGCCACUGUCGCGGCCCCGGCAUCUCUUUCCCCGGCCGGAACAGUCCGGCGCUGCACUCCCUGGCAGCUAGCCCCGCGGGACGAAGGACGGGGCGCUGCUGGCAUCGGGCGGGAGGGUGAUGGCAAGGGGCAAGCUGGCCGCCUGCGUUCUGGCCGCCGCCUGCUUCGCCCUGAGCUGGGCUCCGGCGGUGGCGGGACCACGGGAGAGUCCCGGCCUCUCGCGGCUGCAGAGGAGGAGCCUGGCGCUGGACUUCGUUGUGCCCUCGCUGUUUCGCACCUACGUGCGGGAGCUGGUGCUGGGACCUCCGGGGAGCGCCGCAGCGCGAUGCCGCUUGAGGCUGGACUGCGCGCCCCUGCUCCGCGCCGCCCGCGGUGGGCUGCCACAGGGUGCACCGCCUGGUCCCCCCUACCCCCCCGUCGGCGGGCCCUUGGCGGCCGGGCGGCGGCUGCGACGCGCCAAGCAGCUGGUGCUGGAGGUGGGCGAGGGUAGCCUGCGGGACGGCUGCGCCGGCGAACCGCCGCCAGGCUCCGGCGGGACACAGCUGGAGUUCAACCUCACCGAGCUCUUCGCCUGGUGGCUCCGCUCCGGCGACGGGCGACUGCGAGUGCGCCUGAUGCCCGAGCGCCGCGGAGCAGUCCCCGGCAGCGAGCGUGGGCUUUCGGCGGCCAUCCGCGCCGCCCGCCCGCGUCUCCUCUUCCACGUCUCCGCGGCAGGUCGGAGCGCUUCGGAUCUCCCAGCAAGCAGUUCUUCUCAUCCUCCUGGUUAUUCUGCUUGGAAUUUGACCUGGGUCAUGAGAGAUACAUCCCCUUUCUUCUCCCAUAGAGGACGACACAUAUUCGACUGCAAUUUUGAAUCUCCUUGUGAGCUGGAAUAUUCCCUUUCCCAGAAAGACCAGGGAACCUCCAACAACGCCUGGCUCAGACUGAGUGGAGAGGAGAUCUCACAGCUAAACAUCCCAGAUGGGCCAGAGAGAGAUCACUCUGAGGAUACAUCUAAAGAUGAACUUAGACCAGGGGUCCUCAAACUACGGCCUGCAGGCCGGGUACGGCCCCUCAGGGUGCUCAGUGCGGCCCGCGGUGUUUACAGAGCCCUGCCGGCGGUUGGGCGGGAAACCAAGCGGCCACUUCUGCCGCUUAGUGCCCCCGCGGCCGCCGCAGGCCCCGGCACCCGCCGCCACCCGCCGCCACUGCGCUGGAACCAAACUGUAGCCCGGCCCCUGACACGACUGGGCUGGAACCAAACUGUAGCCCGGGCCCUGACACGACUGGGCUGGAACCAAACUGUAGCCCGGCCCCUGACACGACUGGGCUGGAACCAAACUGUAGCCCGGCCCCUGACGCGACUGGGCUGGAACCAAACUGUAGCCCGGCCCCUGACACUACUGGGCUGGAACCAAACUGUAGCCCGGCCCCUGACAGCACCUGGGGACACUGAACCGGCCCCUGUUUAA